UGAUUGUCAAUGUCAAAUUGUACGUUUCGUCAUUGCCAGUCAUUGCUAUUUUUAAGCUAAUUUAUUACGAAUUAAUAAAUUAUUUUAUAAUAAAUUAAGUGCAAUUAUCCAAGCUGGCAUCCAGAAGGUUAUUACUGGUUGGAUUCCACAGUUUUUCACCUCCCGUUUCUUACCGAGCCAGCUUCAAUAGGUUAGGAUUUUUGUAACAACUGUUUCGUUUAUUGAUUAAAAAAUAUUGUGUUUUUUGUAUUUUUCAUUACUAAUCAAGUUGUUUGUGCUUGGAACUGUUUUAUUUAUCUUUGUAGAAGUGCUUUCUUUUAAUUUCUCAUAGUUAUUACUUCUAUUCAAGAAGCUUUAUCUACGUGCACAAACGUCAAUACUCGAGUAUGACGGUGCCACAGUGCGUUCCUCGGUCGCCAGUCCGGGGGCAGAGCCCUGUGGAGGUCCGUCCAGGCUCUGGCAGCCCUGACAGCCCUACUGGGGUGGUCAAGAAGUACAAUGAUAUUGUAAAGAGCCAGGAAGACAAAAGAGAGUACAGAGGCCUGCAGUUAACAAAUAAUCUUAAAGUUUUACUAGUCAGUGAUCCCACUACAGACAAAUCAGCUGCAGCAAUGGACGUCAAUGUGGGUUACCUCAGUGAUCCGGAUGAACUUCCAGGCCUGGCCCACUUCUGUGAACACAUGCUGUUUUUGGGCACUGAAAAAUACCCAGAGGAAAACGAAUACAACAAGUUCCUGUCAGAGAAUGGAGGGUCUUCAAACGCGUCAACAUCGUCAGACCACACCACGUAUUACUUCGACGUGCUACCACCACACUUGGGCAGGGCUUUGGACAUUUUCGCCCAAUUCUUCAUAUCCCCGCUAUUCACGGAAUCCGCAACUGGUCGCGAACUGAGUGCAGUCAACUCUGAACACGAGAAGAAUGCAUCUUCAGACAUGUGGCGUCUUGAUCAGCUCAAUAAAAGCACCGCUCACAAAGACCAUCCCUUCCACAAGUUUGGCACUGGCAACAGGGAUACUUUAGAAAGAAUACCCAAAGAGAAGGGCAUCGACGUGAGAAAGGAGCUACUGAAGUUCCACAAGAAAUGGUACUCCGCCAACAUUAUGACACUCGUCGUCAUGGGGAAAGAAUCCUUGGACGAAUUAGAAGCAAUGGUAGUGAAACUAUUCUCAGCAGUCGAAGACCGCUCGGUGACCGCGCCGACGUGGCCUGACCACCCUUUCCCUCCCCACUUGAGGCGCAAGAGGGCGUAUUGCACUCCUGUCAAAGAUCUACGCUCCCUCUCCAUAGACUUCCCCAUACCCGACACCAGAAAACACUAUAAGAGUGGGCCAGGCCACUACAUAUCCCAUCUGCUGGGACAUGAGGGUCCCGGUAGUCUACUCUCCACGCUGAAGACGCGAGGCUGGUGUAACAGUCUAGUGGGUGGCACUCGUAUCGGCGCCCGCGGGUUUGGCUUCUUCGGCGUACAGGUCGACCUCACUGAAGACGGGGUCAAGCAUAUCGACGAAAUUGUCGACCUUGUGUUCCAGUACAUAGCAAUGCUGAAAGCCGAGGGUCCAAAACGUUGGAUAUGGGAAGAGCAAAAGGAUCUCAUGGCGAUGGAAUUCCGCUUCAAAGAUGCUCAAGAACCGCGCGCUUUGGUCGUCGGCCACGUGCAUCUAUUGCAGGAAUUCCCAAUGCAAGAUAUACUGAGCGCAUACUAUUUGCUGACUGAGUGGAGACCAGACCUCAUAGACGAGUUACUGUCUCUACUCACCCCUGAGAACGUACGAGUGGGCAUUGUUGCCAAGUGUUUCGAGAAGAAAUGCACACAGACCGAACCGUGGUAUGGAACCAAGUACCUGCAAGAGGACAUUGAAGAGGCUAGACUUAAGGAGUGGAAGUCAGUCACCCCCACGAAGGAGCUGCACCUCCCUCCCCCGAACGAGUUCAUCCCCACCAAGCUGGACUUGGAGACCAGUCCAGACCCCACAGCUGAUGCCAUAGCGCCCGCCAUUAUUAAGGAUACCCCUCUAAUGAGGCUGUGGUAUAAACGGGACAACGAGUUUCUACUGCCCAAAGCUUUUAUCACUUUGGAUUUAGUCAGCCCUCUAGCGUACGCGGACCCUGUAAACUGCAACUUGACCUCAAUAUGGGUGUUGCUGCUGAGGGACUCGCUGCAACAGUUCGCGUACGCGGCAGAACUAGCCGGGCUGCGGUGGAGCGUGGGCAACGCUAAAUACGGACUUAGUAUAACGAUAGACGGUUAUGACGACAAGCAGCACGUCCUACUGGAGAAGAUAAUAGACCACAUCGUGAACUUCAAGGCGGACCCACAACGGUUCGAGAUCAUGAAGGAAAACCACAUCCGAGCCAUUAAGAACUUUGAGGCUGAACAGCCAUACCAGCAUGCGGUAUACCAACAAGCCCUAAGUCUAUCAGACCUGGUGUGGACUCGGAGUCAACUAGUAAAUGCUGCAGAAGGUGUAACCCCCGAGCAGCUGGACGAGUUCGCAGGCCACCUGGUGCGCAAGGUGCAUGUGGAGGGGCUUAUGUUUGGCAACCUCACACGAGAGAGGGCCUUGUCCGUUGCUGAUACUAUAGAGAACAAAUUACCAAAAGACGCGACACCUCUGUUAGCACAACAGCUCUUGUUGUACAGGGAAGUUGAAAUAGAAAAGGGUUCGUGGUAUCUCCGCGAAAUAGAGAACUCAGUGCACAAAUCGUCUUGUGCCUCCUUAUACUAUGCGUGCGGAGUGCGACAGACUCGAACCAACGUCACUUUAGAACUACUAGCACAAGCGUUAAGCGAACCUUGCUUCCACGUGCUACGGACACAGGAGCAACUCGGCUACAUAGUUUUCAGUGGGGUGAGGAGAUCCAACGGCGUGCAAGGUUUAAGGAUCAUAGUGCAGAGCGACAGACAUCCCGCCUAUCUGGAGGAGAGGAUAGAGAGCUUCAUCGAGGGGUCGCAGGAGUAUUUGGAAAAGAUGACCGACGAAGAGUUCCUUAAGCACCGCGCGUCCCUGGCCGCCCAAAGACUGGAAAGGCCCAAGCGUCUCGCCAGCAAAGCUUCGCAGUUAUGGAGUGAAAUCACUGCACAGGUGUACAACUUCGAUCGUCCACACGUGGAGGUCGAUGAACUCAACACGGUCACCAAGCAAGAACUUAUCGAAUUCUUCAAAAAACACGUAAGUCCAGAUUCAACGGACAGACAGAAGCUGUCAGUAUACGUAGUGUCUACAGCGGAAGGCGGCGCCGGGAAACAGUACGAGUCUGAAAAUAAGAAAGAAAAAACGCGAGAGCCAGUGAAAAUUCAAGAUCUCGUGGACUUCAAAUCCCGCCGACGACUAUACCCGCAUCCGACUCCAUUCACCAAUAUACCACGGAAGGGAGCCCACUGUAAACUGUAAUAAAAGUAAUAUAUUUAUAGUCCAGUAAAGUAACAACAGUAAAUAAAGUCUUAGUCAAAAUCAUUUAUUUAAAACAGUUACUAUUGUACACUUUUUCUUUGUCCGAUUUGUUACAUUUGAAUGAAAGGGAGCUCACUGUAAACUGUAGUAAAAGUAGUAAAUUUAUAGUACAGUAAAGUAACAACAGUAAAUAAAGUCAAAGUCAAAAUCAUUUAUUCAAAAUUGGUACUAUUGUAAACCUUUCGGUUGUCCGAUUUGUUAGAUUUGAAAGAUGAUAUAAUGGUGAUAAUGAAUUACGUAAACUUAAAACUAAAGCUACGAGGGUUCCAAACGCGCCCGAGUCUGAGAAGAGCCCACAACAAAAUUCAGACAUAAAUACUUUAUACUUUAUAAAUAAUAAAAAUAACUCAAUGAACUUAAACUAAUAAGGUAUAAUAUACCACAAAAGGGCACUGUAAAUAAUUUGUAGUGACAGUAAAUAAUGAAGUACUUCCUUUACAAACGUAACCUUAUAAGGUAAAAUAAACCAUGGAAACGAAAAGUAAUAAACUGUAGCAACAGUAACUGUAAAAGUUAAUAUAAAUAACUAACAGUAAAAAUAACAGUAAAAGUUUACUGUUGUAGUAAAAAAAAGAAAUAUACUGUAUGAAAGCCACCUAAUAAAGUUAACUAUACCACAGAAAUGGAAGCAUAUUAGUGAAUUUUAGUAAAAAAACAAAUGUAAGUAUUAUAUUAAGUUGUAACAAAAUGCACACUCAUUCAAUGCAUUUAAAACUGAAUUAGGCGCUCACAUUAUGAGUAAUGCGAAUUACUUCGACAAAUGCAUUGAAUGAGUACUUAAUUGGCGAAAUAUUGUAUACUUUAUUCCUAGAAUUAAGUUCUCAUGUAAAUGACUUUUCUUUGUCUUUAUGAGAAUUAAACGUCUUAAAACCAAACCUAACAACAGUAAUAAUUAAAGUACAACAGUAAAUAAUUUGCUCACUUUUAAAAAGAUUUAUUUCGUAUUUACUGCAAAAAUACGCACAUUGUGAACGUAGUAAAUAAGUUAUAUGUAUAAUGUACUUAAUAAAGAAAAGUUUUUGUAAACACAUUAAGUAAAAUAUAACUCAUGCAUUUUAUUAAAGAAACCCCACCACUAAUUAUUCAAGUAAAAUGCAAACUAGAGUUAUAAUAUAAUACAAUAAUUGUUAAAUAAACUGUAAUAGUCAAAAUUAAAGAAAUACAUAAGCAUACUUGUAUAUGUAAGUAUUAUAUAUAA